GUGGUCUGGACAGCGACAUGACGCGCGCUCUCCGACUCCCGCUGACGUGCGGCGCGCUGGCGGCGGCGGUGCUGGUGGUGUGGGGCGGCCCGGGGGCGGCCGCCUCCUCGCCGUGGCGGCACGUCGAAGGCCUGCUGUCCCGCGUGGCGGGGGCGGCGGGCGGCGGCGCGGAGGCGGCGCUGGGCGUCGUGGGCGGCGUCGGCCGCGGCCUCGCCGGCGGCGUCGGUGAAGUCCCAGGAGUUGGAAGGAAGUUAGUGAAAGGAGCUACGUGGGUGGCGGGCGUGGUGUCUGGAGAGACGGCGGGCCGCUUCCUGGAGCUGGCGGGCCUCAACAGCACCUGCGCGGGGGAGGCGGAGGCCGGCUGCCGGCGCGUCGUCGACGAGCUGGUCACUGAGUACCUGGACGUCGACGGCGUGUCGCUCACUCCACAGGGCAUCUACGAGGCGCUCAAGAAGCGCAUCGCCGUGCACCCUGGUACCAAGUGGUGCGGCGCGGGCAACGUGGCCCGCAGCGAGCAGGACUCGGGCGUGCUGGCGGCGACGGACGCUUGCUGCCGCCGCCACGACGGCUGCCCGGAGAACCUUGCCGUCGGGGAGGAGCGCUACGGACUCAGCAACACCUGCAGCUUCACCAGGUCCCACUGUGAGUGCGACCGCGAAUUCUACCGCUGCCUGAAAGACGCCAACACGCUAGUGUCUCUCAAGGUCGGCGUCAUCUAUUUCAGCAUCCUGAGACCGCAGUGCUACGAGGAGACUUAUCCAGUAGCCAGAUGCAAGAGCUAUUCGCUGCUGGGCGAGACGCCGCACUGCAGCGAGUACGAACUGGACAGGAGCGCCGAGCCCCGCUGGCAGUGGCUGGACAACCCGCACUUCUGACGUCAAUACCGGCCGGUGCCAUGUUGGAACUGGCGGCCACAGCUCACUUCGUGAUCUCGCAACACUUCUUCAAUCUACAGUUCCAUUACUUGCAACUAUUACUGUUGAGGUUGCUCCCCAACGCCCAAUAAUUUUUUUUUCUUUUUUAAAGAAUAUCUCAAAGGUUCUUGAUAACAGUAUGCACAUAAUUUGUUGAUUUUGUGGGGAAAAAUUUGGGCCAGUCCUUUUUUUCUGUCCAUUAAUAUGGAUUUUACUUUAACAGCAGCAUAUGGCAAUAUAUCUAGUGCUUAUAAUUGAAGUGCGCCUACUUAAAGAGGUCCAGUAAUGGCUAUAGUUGUCAUAUGGCAGUGAAAUGUGGUAGACAUUCUAAUGUGUUUCAGUGCAACCAGUUUUGGUCACCAGAUGCAGAUCUGGCACUGUGAAUGAAAGAAAGUCAUAUAGAAAUAUUUACAUUUGUAAUAGAUUAGGAAUGGAACUCGAGCAUUAAAGGUCAAACAAGUGAGAAAAGCAUAA